AUGCCAGCAGCACAAGCGCCUAACUCUUCCGAAGCGCAACCCGAAAGCAAGGUCGUCCGCCUGCAUAUUACGCCUUUCCGCCCCGACCUGCUCAAGGUCUACGUCGCGCCGUCUGUCCUUCCCUCUGCGCAGAAUAUCUCGUACCAUACCGUCGCGACCUUCCCCGAGAAAGGUUUCGGCUACGUAGAGCUACCCGAACCCGAAGCUCAAAAGAUCAAGAAGAAGCUCAACGGCACAAUCCUGAGAGGCGCAAAAGUGCGGAUAGAGAUGGCGAAACCUGAGAAGCGCAAAGCUCUGGCAGAGGCUGACGCGGCGAAGGAGGUGGCGGAUACCGAACGCCCCUCGAAGCGCGCGAAGAAGGAGAAAAAAGAAAAGAAGGAGAAGAAAGAGAAGAAGAAGAGGGAGCAGGGCGUGCUGGAAGGUGUAGAGCUGCCAGACGACAGGAAAGUUAAGCGCGGUUGGACUGAGCCGUCGAAGAAGGACAGGAAGGAUAAGAAGGAUAAGAAAGACAAAAAGGACAAGCGUGAGAAGGACGAGAAGAAGGAGCGGAAGCCUUCAAAGUACACCAAGGAUGCUGAGCUGCUCUUCAAGGCGAAGCUGACACCCGUGGCUGCAACUGAAGUUGCGCACAAGGACGAGAAGAAGGUGAAGAAGGAGAAAAAGGAAAAGAACAAGUCAAAGAUAAAUGAAGUCGUUGUUCAUGAGUUUGAGAAGAACAUCAAGACUCCCAGCUUCCUGAAGCAGCCACAGGUCGCCCUGUCAACGAAGCCUGCAGUCGACUAUGUCAAUGGUCAGGGCUGGGUCGACGAGGAUGGUGUCGUUGUUGAGCCUGAGACUGGCAAGGCCAAGGCUAGGCGAGCCCUGGAGCUCGUAGACGCGCCCUCAGAGGCUCAAAGAGCCUGGAUCGACGGCACAGGCAAAUCAUCCACGCCUGCGACUACGAAGGAUAAGAAGAAGAAGAAAGCUACUCCUCCGCCAUCUGAAUCUGAGUCCGAAGACGACGAUUCAUCAGUAGUUUCGUCUUCUUCUGAAGAUGAGGACUCUUCCGAGUCUGAGUCGGAAUUGGAGUCAGAAUCAGAGGCCGAAUCAUCUGCAUCAUCUCCCGCUCGACCUGUCGAAAGCAGGAAAACGCCUGAAGUCCAACCAACUACAUCAUCCGAGAAAGAGGUCCACCCCCUCGAAGCGCUGUUCAAACGCGCAAAGCCCGCAGAUGGCACAACCUCAACUCCCACCAAGAAGCUCACUCCAAUCGACACAUCCUUCAGCUUCUUCGACAACAACGAAGACACAAUGGAAGUCGACGGCGAGCGCGGACAACCCAUCGACGAAGCCCCCACUACCCCCUUCACUCAACGAGACAUUGAAUGGCGCGGCCUCCGCAGCGCAGCACCAACCCCCGACACCGCCGGCCUCGGCCGCCGCUUCUCCUUCGACUGGCGCAAGAACAGCCAAGAAGCCGACGACGACGAGGACAUGGGCGACGUUGACUCCCUCGCCGAGCAACGCCUAUCUCAGAACACGCGCGCAAAUGCCAAAGCCAAGCUAGCUGAGGUCGCGGAAGAAGACGAAGAGGAAGAGGAAGAGAAUGCAGCAGCCGCGGGUGGUAAAGAGGAGAAGCCCGAGAGCGAGUUCAAGAAGUGGUUCUGGGAGAAUCGGGGUGAUUUGAAUCGUGCGUGGAAGAAGAGGAGACGGGAUGCGUUGAAGGCGAAGCGGCAUAGUGAGAAUAGGAAGAUGACUGGUAGUAGGAGGGUUUGA